UGUUAUACUUAAAUUAGUUCUUACAAAUUAUUGAGUUGCUAAAGGCACCGAUAUACUAGUUAACAGAUAGUAGUAUUUUCUAAAAAAUAUUUUUUCACUCAUCAAUCGAACACUAGAAAAUAUUUUUCUAAAAAAUAUUCUCUACUCACCAACCAAACACCAUAAAAUAUUUUUCGAAAAAUAUUUUUCAUUCACCAACCAAACAUGAAAAAAUAAAUAGAAAACUAAGUUAUUUUUCAGAAAAAUAUUUUUCAAAAAAAUAUUUUUCAUGGAAAAUAUUUUUCAAAAAAAUAUUUUUCAUGGAAAAUAUUUUGGAUCGUACCAAACACACCCCAAAUGCUCACAACUUGUCAAAAGUUCAAAAAAGCAGCAGGAGCCAGGAAGCUCACAACUCCCUUAUCCACUCACUCCCACUAGUAACUUAUUGGAUCUAAACCAACUAAUAAACAUAAGAUAUUUCAAGUGUUAGUGAGAAAAGAUACUUCAAUAUUAGCAAUGCAGUUCAUCAAGGGACUCACAAGGAAGAAACAAUCAUCAUCCUCUGCCUCUGCAGAAACGCGGAAGAAAGAGCAUGAUUAUUAUUUAGAGAAUGGAAGUGCAGUACUAGAGGAGCUUCUUGCUUUAUGCGAUGGAAAUUGCCGAAUUCCCAUCCGUUACUUCACUGCCACUGAUAUAGAAAGAGCAAUAAAGCACUCUGAAAACAAAUUGUAUAUCGCCGAUGGGCAUAUGGUUACGGGAUCAUUGGACAAACGCCUCGUUUUCAUUAGGACUUUCCCUGGAUAUUUUAGAAACCAUUUUAAUAAUAUUUUCCGAGAUAUAGCAAUUACUGCUCAGAUGAGUCAUCUCAAGAAUGUGUUGAGACUUGUCGGUUGCUGUAUCGAAUUUGAAGAACCAGUUAUGGUGUAUGAAUAUGUUGAGGCAACAAGUCUUUAUGCUUUACUUUUUGAAAAGGAUAAUCAUGAUGAUGAAACUAGAAAAUCAUUAUUAUCUUGGGGAAGUAGAUUACGGAUUGCCCACAAGGUCGCUUCGGCAGUCGUUUUUCUACACACUGAAUUUACUACACCCAUCAUCCACAGAGAUCUGAAGCCAUCAAAUGUGAUUGUAGAUCAGAACAGCGGUGUUGCAAAACUAUUGAACUUCUCAUUAUCCGUAUCAUUACCCCAGGGAAAAUUGGAAGUAGUAAAAGAUGUCGUUUGUGGAACGUAUGGGUAUGUAGCUCCAGAAUAUUCGGAGUGGUGUAUGAUUACUCAAAAAAUAGACGUCUAUAGCUUCGGAGUUAUUCUCCUACAGCUACUAACUAGACGGAAUAUGACUACUCUACAUUUAAAGGAUCGGGAUAUGUACUACAUAGUGGAUCCUUCAGAUUCAGAUUUUAAGAUGCUAAACAUUGAAGAGAUUCAUGUAAUGGACAUAGCAGAUCCGGCCAUUUUGGAAGAACAUGGCAUUAAAAUUCGACAACAAUUGGAGGACUGCUGGGAUCUUGUUAAGAAAUGCACGGCUUAUAAGGGAGAAGAGAGACCAUACAUGAUUGAAGUUGCAAAGGAAUUAAGCCGAAUUCACCACUGCUUCCGUGCCCUCACUCUUUGCCGGAAUUAGUUACAUAAGAUGGCCAAAGAAAAAAAUAAAGUGCACAAGAAGUAAGCUCGGCUUUUUUUGUAGUAGUUUCAAUUUUCAAAAAAAGGUCAGUUUGUUUGUACGGUCAUAUUGUGUUGGAUUAAAAGAGAUCAGCACAUAAUAGGAGUUUUAUUAUUUUUUCCUUGGUUAACUAAAUAGACAAAUACUCGUUUCAUUUUA